UCAGUGUGUGGGCUGUUGUCAUUCAGAACAUAAAGCGGCGAGUUUACUAUCUCGCCUGUGGAUGCGAGUGUUAGUUAUUAGACGGAGAGGAUCUACCAGGACACAGAUGGUACGCUUUCCCAUGUAGAUGCGAGUGUUACUUAUUCUCACCGAAUGGAUCUACUACAGUACUGAAGGACAUACUUUCAUUAUGCAUAAUGGAAUCGGGUCAGUUAACCCACUUGACGCCUUUGCACCGAGACCCCCCGAACAGACCAGAAGUCGUCCGAAUGAUAUUGUACGUAAACAGUGCCAGUGCUCACGUGACCUGUGAUGUUGAUGUGUUUGUCAUGCAGGCCUGUUUCGCUAGAAAAAACAACUAAGAUGACUCUGGACAAAGGAUCCACACUACGUGAUCCAUGGUCUGUUCGCCAAUGGAUGAAGAUGCUGCACACGUCCCGAUGGUUCUGGUUGUUGUGUGCAUUGACUCUGACGACAAUGGGUAUAACUGUCAUGAAUCUCCAACGCCUUACCCCCACAACGGAGUUCUUCGACCCGAGGCCGUCACGGAUCUACCCGAACCGCACCCGACUUCUUAUAUCUACGUAUCUGCGCAGUGGAUCCACCUUGACAGGAGCGAUAAUACAGUCUAGUGACGAGGUGUUCUACGUAUUUGAGCCUCUGCUUAUGAUCUAUGAAAAAUGGCGACACUCCCAACUCCCCUUGAAAUUCUUCAAUCAGAAGUCAGAACUCUUCAAGAACAACAACAAUUUUGAAAAGAAUGCAAUUAAAACUGUUGAGGAAAUAUGGAACUGCUCCUUUGAAAAUAUCGAUCUUGACACCCUUACGCAAUUCCACAUGCAGGAAAGCAAAACAACUAAAGCAUAUUUCAAGUGUACUCAACGGAAUCCUGGCGUGAACGGAAUUGUUGCCUGUUUACCUGAUCUCAAAGAUCUCUGUCGAUCAAGGCGGAUUAAUUCACAGAAAGUAGUUCGUUUGCCUUUAAGACUGGUAUCUCCACUAAUGCAGAAGUACCCGGAUUUGAAAAUAAUACAUCUAGUUCGCGAUCCUAGAGCAUCAAUUUUAUCACAAUAUGUGAGGUUAAAGUAUUUCCAAUGGAGCAACUUACAAAAAUAUGCAGAAAUGUUUUGUGCAAGAAUACACGAGGACUUAGGUACCACAGCCAACCUAGCUCGGACAUAUCCAGGGCGGAUAAAGUUAGUGAGAUACGAAACUAUGGCCGAACAUCCAUUACAUAUAGCAGAGGAUUUGUAUCAGUUUGUAGACUUGACGUUCACGAAGGAAGCGCGUCAAUUCGUCUACGACAGGACGUUGUCCGGUAAGAAGGACUCAAAUUGUGUGACCUGUUUGGUCAAGUCAAAUGCGUCAGUUGCGGCCAAUAAAUGGCGGACGAGUAUAGGACUACGGGCAGCUCAGGCUAUAGAUGCCAAAUGUGGAAAGGUUUAUACUCUUCUAGGUUAUAAACCUGUGAAAACGAUUCCUGAUCUUAAAAAUCUAUCUCAUUCCUUAAAAAUAAAUGAUAUAAAAUUCGCUGAGAUGAGUAUCUGAGUUUAGGCAAAUGACUUUAAGAAAUAAUAAUUUAUUUAUGUAUUUCUAAAAAUCCAAAUCAAUCUGUAACUCUUGGUUAUCUGAAUAUUAUAUAUUCAGUGUUUAUAACCAUUGUGCUUUGUAUUAAAUGAACAUUAUGGAAGUAGUCAAGACUACUUUUGACGAAUAUUC